AUGCAUUACUCGAAGCUGAUCAUUGUCGCCUUCGUUGGCUAUGCCUCAGGACGUGCGAUUUUACUCGAGGAUCCUUCCUCUCCCUCUAAGAGAGGAGAAGAUAUUGUAGACUACAAGAGAGGCGAGAAUAUUGUAGACUACAAGAGGGGUGAGGAUAUUGUAGACUACAAGAGGGGCGAGGACCUUCUAGACUACAAGCGGGACGAAGAUAUUACAGCAGAAAAGACAUAUGAUGGAGACUACAAGCGGGACGAAGAUAUUACCAAGAGGGUAGAAGGUAUUACAGCAGAAAAGAGAGAUGAUGAAGACUACCGGCCAUCUGUUGAUGUUACUGAGUUCCUUUGA